GUAGGUGGGAUGCCAUCAUAUGCCUUAAACUAUCUUGCGAAAAUUUGGCUUGGCCUUAAAUUACUGUCCAAGUGUAAACGACAAGGCGCUGGAUCGAUUUUGUUUAGACUAAAGACUUUUGAGGUUAGAAUCAUUUGUUUAUUUAGACUUCAAGAUUGUGCCCUGUCUUGAUGGUUCUCAAAUAUUCUUUUAUAACGCCUGGAAAUAUCUUUGAUACGGAUGAGACUUUAUCAUUCAAUUUAAGGGUUCCUUUACCCACUUUUCCAGAGUAGUUUGAAUCAAGCCGGGAGUCAUGUCUGGGCCUCAGCAUAACUUUCCUGGGAACUUCCCUAUGGGCCAACAAAAUGCUAACCAUCCGAUGCCAAUGCGUCAACAGCAGUUUGUUGGUGGUCCUCAAAUGGGAAAUAUGAUGGGAGCUCAACAAGGCAUGGUGAGCCCUCAGGCUUACAACAUGGGUGGUUCAGGGCCCACAGCAGUUCCUCCGAUGCAACAGCAGAAUCCUCAAAUGGGGGUACAAAUGCAACAGCAAGUCAAGGUAGGGCCAGGAGUUUCACCUCAAAAUCAACAGCAAAUGCCUCAAUCAGCUAUGGGUCAAGCACCGCAGCCUGGUAACCAAAUGCCCAACAGUGGAAAUACUGUUGCAGUAUCAGCACCUGGCCAAGACCCAAAUCAGUCUGGUGCUGUGGCACCUGUACAAAAACAAGAAAUCAACACUGCAGCUUUAUGUCGUUAUGGUUUGGAAGUGGUUCAGGAGAUAGUAUCUAGAAUGACAGAAGUUUUUACCCUUUUAAAGACACUUCAGCCGCCAAAUGGAACUCCUCAAGGAGCUAGCAUAUGCAAUGAGAGGAAAAUUAAAAUUCAAGAACUGUUGAGUCAUAUCAAAGGAAAUUUUAAAAAGUUGAGCAUGAUUUAUCAACGGUGCAAUGAAAAUGCACAACUUCAGGGUAUGGAGUUUAUGCACAUUGAGAGCCUAAUCCCUUUGAAAGAAGAAUGGGACCAAAAAGCAGACGAAAGGAAGAUGUCAGAAUCCUACCGAACUGCUUGUGAAGAACGACGCGAAAUUAUGGAGCAAGUGUUGCUUAAAAACAAACAUUUGAAGGAGGUGAUUGAUUCAAUGCGGCGUUUGAUUUGGGAAAUUAAUUCCAUGCUUUGCAUGCGUCGAUCUUGAUCAUAGUGGUAUAAAGUGACAACACCUGAGAAGCAGCUUUGAGCAUCUGGAGUUUAAUUUGGCUGUGUUAUUAUACUUUCACCUUGUUUUUCUGUGAAGUUGAAACCCCUCUGAACAAUUUAAAUCACCAUCUUAAGCUGAGGUCAUUUACAUUACGUGUAUAUUGGCAUUACCAAUUUGUUAUUGUUUCUUUUUUUAUUUUACAAUAAAAGUCUGACUAAAAACUUAACA